AAUCUCAACGACUAUGGUGCAGUGUUCAACUAAAAUUAACUCUAAUUUAUAUGUUAAUACGUAAAAAAAAAAAUUGCUUUGCUUCUUGUUUCUUAUUCCAAAUGCGGAAACUCGUUUUGUGUCAAACGUUUCACAUCGGACCGAAAAUCAUAUGGGACCAAAUGUAGGCAUAAUAAUUGAUCGACGAUGUUUGACAGCACGAACAAAUUGGAGUAAAACAAAAAACGGUUUCGAUUGACAUUUUUAUUUUAACGAUAAUGGUGGCAAACUCUCCCUCUCCUCUGCCUGAGAGGGCCAUUUAUGGGUUUGUCCUUUUCCUCGGCUCACAGUUUGGCUUCUUUCUGUUUUGCCUGUGGGCAUAUACACCAGAGGAGUGGCUUCAUUCAAUAGGGCUAACUUACUGGCCUCAAAAAUACUGGGCCCUUGCUGUGCCGAUCUAUCUGCUGGUUGCAUUAGUGAUCACGGUGGUGUUGCUGUUUGGAGUGAACAUGAACAACACGGCUCCACUUGACUCCGUGGACAUCAUCACAGAUGUAUAUGCUCAAGGCCAGAGGACAACAGACUGCCACAAGGGGGGAAUACCCAGACUGAAAGAUGUUUCCAUCAGUGAAGUCAACAAAAUGUUCUAUUUGUCGCCCAAUCUAUAACAAACAGGAACUGAUUUUAGAUGGAUGCAGAGUAGAGGUGAAGCUGCAGGGGAUUUAUUAUGGUGUAACUGUUUACCUUUUGUUUAUAAAGGAAGGAUUCUAUUUAUUUAUCCAGGAACAAUGCAACAUGGGGUGAAGAUGCACUCAAAGAAUUUACUUUUACACACAAAAUGUUGUGCUUUGUGUGUUUAAUAACCGUAAUAUGUUGAAUGUGAUGGGAUACGGACAAAUUAACCAAAUAACCUCAAUUAACCUGCAUACCACUAGUUCAAAUUUUAUUGUAAAAU